GGGUUGAUUCAGGUCGGGUUUGUAUCAGGUCGAGUUGAAAUUUGAGUCGGGUUUAUAGCAAGUCGGGUUAAAUUCGGGUUGGGUUAGGAACAAGCCGGGUUGAAUUCGGGUCGGGUUAGGAACAGGUCGAGUUGAAUUCGGGUUUUGACGGGUUAAAACGGGUUUGGGUCAAUUUCGGUUCAGGUCAAUAAUUUAUGGGUUACAUUCGGGUCGGGUCGUCUCUAGGUUGGUUAAUGUUCGAAUUCGGGUCUCAAAUACUCGGGAAAACACGGGUAUAGGGUUGGUUUCAGGUCGGGUUAGGUCGUUUCGGGUCUCCAUUUUUUUUCGGGUUCAGACGAGUCAGUUAAUAGGUCGGGUUAGGGUCGGUAUUUCGGGUCGGGUUAGCCGUUGACAGCUGUAAGUAUAUCUAAUGUUUUGGUGAGUGUAAUAAUGGGUUGCAAGAUGAGACGUAUUCCGUAUAAUAAAAUUAAGAAUCUCAAGUGAAAAUUAGCCGAUUUAAAUCCAAAUACUACUAAGCAUUUAUGAAAGCUACUAAAGGGUAUAGCCAAUGGUUGCCCAUUUUGGGUGGGCAUGAAGUGAGAGAAAUGAUUCAUGACUAGGUCAUGGCCAUGACCAUUUGUUGAGUGUGAGCAUUUAGUGGUAGUUCGCCACUUGUCCAACAAAGAGAGGAGGUUUAGUUUUUUUUUUCAAUUGAUGAAGACUCACGUGGGAAUGGAAGGAAAGGAGAAUCAAUACCCACAAAUUUGGAGGGCAACCAAUGUGAGUGUAUGGGCAUGGAAGUUGGGCAUAAAUGAGGUGGAAGAGAGAGAAAGUAAUAAAAAAUAUGAUGACCACCAUUGGCUAUGCUCUAAGGCUUUAUGGUUAUCAUAUAUUCAUAUAUCCUAUUAUUCCUAUAUAUCUAAAUCCAAUACAUGAUGAUUAUAGUUUAUAGUACUCCGUAGUAUUUUAUCUCAAAGCUAACUAAUUAAUUAAAAGUUUUUUAUUUUUAUUUUUGGUGAGCGUAUCAAAAUGUCAAUGAUGUAGACGAAUUCAAUAUUAGCUCUAGGGCAUUACACUAAAACUUAAACCAACUAAAUUGGUUGGUAUUUACAUUCAUAUCAUCCAUACAAUUUGUAAUUUGAAGUAAGCUUAUCAUAGUUACACUUUAUUAUGUUAGUUUUACGGAGUAUUUCAUAUUGGUCUCAUAUAUGCAGACCCUAAUUCCAAGCAAUGAUUCAAAGCCGUCAUAGACUCAUUGAAUAAACAUGGGUUAGCAACUUAGCAUACUUAGCUAGUACUAAGCCACUUAGCCUAAACUUCAAAAGGCUAGUUUCUACCUAAAACCCUAAACCCUCAACAAAUUAAGGAUUUCAAUUCAAUCUUAUUAAUUUAUUAUUACACAUUUACACCCCCUUCAACUUUCACAAGAAUGGCAAACAAUAAACUUGCAGUUGGAAGAUUGAUUACUGCAAAAGCUUCAACUUCCAUUAAUGGCGGAAAUACAUUUCUUCGUCUUCCUACUUCUCUUUCUUUCUGCUACCCUUUGUUCAGUUCUCUCUCCUCCCCAAAUAAAGAACAAAACCCCAAAUUCUUCCUCAAUUCAGUGAUACAACAAUGCAGACAUGGUUUCCACAAGCUCGAUGAUGCUGUAUCUCUCUUCCAUCAAAUGACUCGUAUGAAUCCUCUUCCUUCUGCUGUUACUUUUAAUUUCAUAUUGUGUUCUAUGAUUAAGGUUAAACCUAAAGAACCCAUUAAUUAUUCAACUGUAAUUUCUCUAUCUGCACAAUUGCAAUUGUUGGGUGUUUCUUGUGAUCUUUAUUCUUUGAACGUCCUUAUCAAUUGUUACUCCUGUUUGGGUCGUGUUGAUUUCGGGUUUUCGAUUUUAGGGAAAAUUAUUAAGCUUGGGUAUGAACCUAGUAUUGUGACCUUUACUACCCUUAUAAAUGGCCUCAUUCAUGCUAAUUUGUUGGAGGAAGCUGUUAGAUUGUUGGAUAAAAUUGUCAAAUUAGGGUUUCAACCCACUAUUGUUACCUAUGGUGCUUUGAUCAAAGGUCUUUGUAGGAUAGGGAACUACGCCAAUUCGCUUGGAUUGCUGGCAAUGAUGAAUUCUGGGUUUAGCUCUUGUAAUCCUAAUGUCGUCAUAUAUAGCACCAUUAUUGAUAGUCUUUGUAAAGACAAGCUUUUACCUCAGGCUGUUAACCUUUUUUCCGACAUGAAAAGCAAGGGUGUUCCGCCUGAUGUCUAUACUUAUAGUAGUUUGAUUCGAGGGAUGUGCACUUUGGGGAAGUGGAUGGAUGUAAAGAUAUUGUUGAAUGAGAUGUUGGAGAGUAAGAUAGCUCUCAAUGUCACGAUCUACAGCAUGUUGAUUGACAUGUGUUUCAAACAAGUGAAGGUUAAGGAGGCAGAAGCUGUAGUGGGACUGAUGAAUAAGCGGGGUGAUGCUCUAAAUAUUAUUACUUACACUUCUCUGUUGGAUGGAUAUAGUUCAUGUGGUCAAAUGGAUGAAGCCUCAAAAAUAAUGGAUUUAAUGGUGAAAAAUGGUUUUGUGCCUAAUAUUCUGACUUUUACCAGCUUGUUAAAUGGAUAUUGCAAGGUUAAGAAGGUUGACAAAGUCCUAGACUUGGUCCAGGAUAUGCUGCUUAGAGGUUUAAAACCUGAUGUUGUCACAUAUAGCACUCUUAUAGAUGCCUUAUGCAAGGAGAAUAGACUACAAUCUGCAAGAAAGCUUCUCAAGGAAAUGGAGGCUCAAGGCGUAAAACCAAAUGUAUAUACUUAUAAUUCAUUGCUUGAUCAUCUUUGUAAAAGUUCACAGGUUAAUGAGGCAUUGGAAAUGGUGAGACAAAUGAGUGAAAUCGGAGUGGUCCCUGAUAUUUUCACAUACAGUAUACUAAUUGAAGGCCUUUGUGCAGUUGGGCGAUUUGAAGAAGGAAGGGAUAUCUUCUCUUCUCUCCUAGCUAAGGGUUUAAAACCUGACAAAUAUACAUACGAUGCAAUGAUUAAGGGGCUCUGUAAAAAUGGUUUACCGAACGAUGCUAUUGAAGAAUUAAAGAAAAUGGAAGACAAUGGCUGCUCUCCGGAUGAUUUUACCUAUAAUGCAAUUAUAAAUGGUUUUCUUUCAACCAAUAAUCUCAAAAAGGCUUUAGAGUUUGUCAUAAUUAAAACUAGCAAAGGGUUUCCACUUGAUGGUCACAGUACUUCGCUGUUAAGUGGCUCAUUUGCUGAUCACAAUGUCAGCGAUGCAGACAAAGCUUUGUUUCAAGAGUUUCUAAAGAAUCAGAAGCACAAGUAAACAGCUUAAAGGUGUCAAUGUUAUGAUAAGAUCUCUAUUCCAUAAGCUCUCUGGUCAAAGCAUCUGUUGGCUGUUGCAUGGUAAAAUUUCCUACGUUCAACUUGCGCAUUCUGGUAAUGUCAUUUUGUUUAUAUAUUUAAUUCUUUUGAUGUGGCUGUGUCAUAUUAUGAGCAUGAGAAACUAAUUUUAGUUUUGCACCAUUAUCUAAUAGUAACUAAUCAUAAUGACCCAUAAACAGUUUGGUGAAGAAAGUGUAAUGGACUGGAUAAUCUGAUUUUUAUAUUUAUAUAAAUAAGCAGAAAUUUAAGGCUGAAAGCUUGAAUUGUAUUAAACUUGCUGAUGGUUUCUUACAAAAGGUUGUAGGUUUCGCCUACAAAUCUCAUAGUAAUGAAUUGAGGUCACAAAUCUCAAAAGGAUUCACUCCAAAUAUUUCCUACCAUUUUCUUUCCCCUCUCUCUCUUUAUAUACUAAGGACUAUUAACCUAGUAAAAUAUGACUAGAAUACCCAUACUGCCCCUCCUUAGGUUAGUCUAUUACAGAAAGCAGACAUAUAUAUUGCCAACAUUGUCCGGAAUAUGGCAGAAAUAGUGCCAACUUUGCUAGUAGCAAUAUCAUUAGACUUCCACACGACCACACGUAUGUAUUAAUUUCUCAAAAUUUACAAAGUAUUCAGUCUUAAUAUUUCAAGAGAAACUCUUGACCACUCUCUGUAUGGGAUUGUUUAGUUCAAUCUUCUGUUUCCACUGCCAGCUCACAUAUCUCAGUAAAUUAUUCAGUUGCUACCAUUGCCAAUUGUUACUGCCUCAUGGUACAUACAGAUUAUCAAGCCUGCUUCUUCCUUGUUGGUAAAAAGCCUUAAAUAGGUUAUUAGCUUGACAAGUUGACAUGUCAUGGUUAUGUCCUUGGUCGAUGGUCUUAUUCUUGUUAAUAUGUUGUUGGAUAAGAUUGUCAUGUUUAGAAUUCAACCUGACUUGGUUGUCUGUGAUUCUAUGUACAAGGUCUUUGCAGAACAACAAGAAUGUUGGUGCUCUCCGCUUUUAAAGGAGAUGUGGUCUCAUGGACCUAGAUAUUAGGCAAGCACAUUUUGCCCUAUGUCAUCAGACUUGUCACUUUAUUCCUCAGUUUUAGGUAUGUGCUGUUUGGAGCAGUGGAAAGACAGCCAGGAUAUUUUGGACAGAAACAUAACAGCAGCACCUGAUUCUCACAUUAUGCUGCUUCAUUGCUCACUUGCUUUUUAAAUGUUAGCAAGGCAAUUGAGACUUGGCUUUGAGAGUUUUGGAGGACAAUUGCACAAGUUAGCACGUUAUGAUGUUUAACGUCAAUGCUCUGAAAUUUCUGCAGUGUUUCUCAUCUAAUUCCCGAAUAAUUUGAGAUGUGGAGGCUAAAUUAAUACGAAGUAUGUUAUAGCAAAGAGCUUGAAGAAAUUAUGAAGUUGCACAAGACUUGCUCUGCCCCAAUGAUUUCAGAUGGAAGUGGAAAUUUCAAAUUAUUGGGAUCACAUGUUUCUUUUUGAACCCAGUUGGCUUCAAGAAGCAGCAGAUGGCCUCCAUAAACUAGACAACUUCCCUUGGAAAGCAGAUGUCUUCUCUACUCUUCCGCCUAAAGGGUGAGAAAAGAUGCACUUGCCUAUUCGUGAUUAUGGAAGGAUGCAAAUAACUACUCCAGAUUAAUUCAUCUCCAACACUAAAGAGUAGUAUUAUUAACGAAUUUAUAUGUGGGUAUUAGGAAGGUUUUGGUGUGUAUUCAAAAAAAAAAAAAGGAAGGUUUUGGUGCUUGUCAGUCAUACAAUUACAGCCGGAACUAAAAAAUUCAUAUCCUUGUGCUAUUCAAUAUCAAUAUGUAUUGAUCACACAAAAUUAAGCUAUUUAUGUUCAAUUCCAUUUCU